GGCAGGGGCGGGAAAGGGUGGGUCCCGUCGCGCCGGCAGGUGCUCGUGGGGAGCCGCCUCGCCGCUCCCUCAUGGGCCCGCAGGAGCCGCCGCCGAGCGGCCCCGCCGCCGCGCUGGAGGCGCUGAAGCAGCGGGCGUGCGAGAGCGUGGAGCUGAACGCGGCGCGGCUGGGCGCGCUGAGCCGCGACAUCUGGAGCCGGCCCGAGCUGGCCUACGAGGAGCACCAGGCGCACGACGCCAUGACCCGCUUCUUCUCCAGCGGGGAGCUGCCGGGCGCCGCCUGGGCCGUGCAGCCGCGCUACCGCCUGGGCACGGCCUUCCGCGCCGAGUGGGGCACGGCCGCCCCUCGGGGCCGCCGCCCGCUCCGCGUCGCUUUCCUCUGCGAGUACGACGCGUUGCCCGGCCUCGGCCACGCCUGCGGGCACAACCUCAUCGCCGAGGUGGGCGCCGGCGCCGCGCUGGGGCUGAAGGCCGCGCUGGAGAGCCUGCCGCCGCCGGCGCCCGUCGCCGUCCAGAUCACGGUGCUGGGGACGCCGGCGGAGGAGCAAGGAGGUGGCAAAAUAGACCUGAUCAACGCCGGAGCGUUUGACGGCCUGGACGUGGUUUUUAUGGCGCACCCCUCCCAAGAAAACGCAGCCUACCUGCCCGAUGUGGCUGAGCACGACGUGACUGUGAAAUACUUUGGAAAAGCUUCUCAUGCUGCUGCUUAUCCUUGGGAAGGAGUUAAUGCAUUAGAUGCUGCUGUUCUUGCAUACAACAAUCUGUCUGUUUUAAGACAGCAAAUGAAACCGACCUGGAGAGUCCAUGGUGUAAUAAAAAAUGGUGGUGUGAAACCUAACAUCAUUCCUUCUUACACUGAACUAGAGUUUUACUUGCGUGCCCCUUCAAGGAAAGAUCUUUCUGUUCUAACAGAGAAGGUUGAGAACUGCUUCAAAUCUGCAGCACUGGCUACAGGAUGUAAAGUGGAGAUAAAAGGUGGUGCAAAUGAUUACUACAAUGUGCUUCCAAAUAAGAGUCUGCAGAACAUUUACAAGGAGAAUGGAAAGAAGCUUGGAAUAGAAUUUAUAUCAGAAGACUGUAUCUUGAAUGGUUUGUCAGGUUCCACGGACUUUGGAAAUGUUACAUUUGUGGUCCCUGGGCUCCAUCCUUAUUUUUAUAUUGGCUCUGAUGCACUGAAUCAUACUGAGCAGUACACAGAAGCUGCAGGGUCACAGAAUGCUCAGUUCUAUGCUUUGCGCACAGCAAAAGCUUUGGCAAUGACAGCACUGGAUGUCAUCUUCAAGCCAGGUCUGCUAGAAGAAGUCAGAGAAGACUUUAGACAGGUGAAGCUAAAAGAAGAGGGGCAAAUAAAUCCAGCAGAACUUAAAGAAGAAUCUGGCGGUGGCACAGGAGCAUGUGCAUCACACUAAGGCUUAUUAAAACUAUCUCGGUAGGAUUGACUUAAUGGAGAUGCUGCAUUUAAAUCCCAGAAGGGGUGGGAUAAACACAUAGCUGAAAUGUUGAUUACUUUUUUGGACUUUAGAAGCAAAUAGUAUCAUUGCUUUCAAAAAUGUGCAAUUUCCUCUAGCUGUAAUGUUUUCUGUUUUCAAUAUGGUGAUGAAUUUCAGAGAGAAAUUUCAAAUAUCUUGUGUUUAAAUUGCAGUGUUGAAUAAAUGAUAGUGUUAGAUCACUUGUCAGUGAUUGUCUGUGUAUUGGUAAACUAAUAUUUCUUAUAGGGGAAGUAUGGUAUUUACAUAGAAAUUUUUGUUCGAAAAUAAACACCGUUCGCUUGGUGAUCACAGGCUGAUUCUGGUCUGUGAAGUAUUUCUCUCUGGCUAGUCACUUUUUCUUGGGAUGAGAUCGAGGCUUAAAACCUGAGCUGGUGUCACUGGAGAGAAGGGUAUAUGUCUGAAAGCACGCCUGCUUUUGACAAUAGUAGCUUCUAGCAAUGGAAGAGAAGUGUAUGGAAAUGCAGUCUGUAAAAGCUGAUUGUCCUGAAAUGUGUUGACCUUCCUCCUGAUAAAUUUUGGAGGUGUUGUGGAGAAGUCACUAAUCAAAAAAUCUGAAAGGAACUAGGUGUUUGUUUCAGUUAACACAUUUAAACUACUGCUGGAAAAUGCAUGUGCACCUUCUUAAAGUUCUUGUCUCAGGCAAUAUAAGUGUCCACACAAGGUGUUGCUCUAGCUUAACUGGUAUGAUGGAUGUGUAUAAAUUUAGCUAAACCAGUGGAAAUCUUUUUCACAAAGUUGCAAGCAUGGUGCCAUGAAGCAGUAAAUGAAGGUAACCUAAAACCUUUGUGUUGUGUGCAAACCCCUGCAGUAAGCACUGAGAAGCUUGCACUGAGGACUGCUUGUGCAGUAGCUGUCUUCUCAAACCUGUUUGUUCCCCUGUCCUAAGCAGCAGAUCCGGUAAGCCUGGCCAGUUGUCCUUUCUGUAUGUUGUGUGGUUAGCCUGUUUAAUCCUUGUUAUUUUGCUCCCCAGAGACAUUAAUGUUGCAGAUUUUAUCUAGGUGGUAUUUCUGUGUGUCCAAACACGUUAGGAAUUCUUUUUUUUAAUUUGCUUGUCGUAGAGAAGGAACUCAUCUUUUGUUCGGAUACAAAUUGCCGGGUCAAUGGACAGACUGAGUGAAAGAGCAGCUUACUGGUUAACAUCUUCCUAAGCCAUGGGUAUUACAGCAAGCUUCUGAAAAGUCAAACUGUAUUCUCAGGAAGUCAGAGUACCCAAAAUAAUUUCAGAAACCUUGUGUUUAACAGUACCAGUUUCUAAAUGGUAAACGCUAGAAUUCUAAUCAGAAUUUAUAUUUUAUUAAUUUCUGUAUUCAAUUUGUAAUGUUUGGAAAAAAACAGUUUCCUUACCUUGGUUUAACUGUGUACCCCUGCGUUUCUGCACACUCUUUAACACAGACAUCCAGCUGCUAUUUAAGAAUUCUGAGACUUUCCCUUCUUACAAGGAAAAAAAGUGUGACUAGGCUGGCUGCUGUUUGUAUGUUGUAUAGACAACAUAAUUUGACAGUUUUUAGACAUUCUGAUACUUCAGCCUCUGUGUUUGUAGCAAUAGGACGCAGACCAUCCGAUAACAUAUUAAAUGCUCAGUAUUCUUGGAAAAAGGAAUUAGCUUGAUCUGUUUCUGUAAGAACUAGAGGCACAAUUAAAGGGGUUUGUUUUGUAUUACAAGCCAGUUAUUUGAAGAGUUGAGCAUGACUAAGUAUUGCAGGGUAAAAGACAGUCUGGCCUUACACCAUACCUUUGCUUUCACUAGCAGACAGUUUUGACAGAUGAAUGCAUGAAACGGUGGAGGUUUGGACUCUGAGCUCUGGGUAUGUCCAGGAUAGUAAGUUGGAAACUAAAUCCAACUGAAAUUUGGUCUGAGGUUUGUCAAAGGAACUUUCUCUUUUAAUUGUAAUAUAAACCUUGCCUUGCCAGUUCUCAGAGGCAAUUAUAAUUCGUUAAAUUCUGCUGGGCUAACAAGCUCAUUCAGGGAUUUCCUUAGCAUAUCUGGCUUUUUAUUUCUUCCUGCAUGAACUGCUUAACUUCCUGCUUUGCUGUUUUUUAAGAUGGAGUGUGGAGAUACCAGUGAUAACAAUCCAUGCUGCAUUGUUGUUUCCUACAAGCUGAUGUGCAUUACAGCCUUCUCGGUUCUCUUUGUCCAGACCAGCUGGCUGUUGGCUGCAUCAGGUCCAAUAUCAUUUAAUUAAAUAUUUCUGCAUUAAAAGCACAUCUUAAUUUUGUUGUAAUCAUUGCUGGAAUUAAAAUGAAACUGAAAUACUGAUUAAGGAUGAGUUGAUAUCAAUAAAGCAAUUUAAUUGUGACUGAA